AUGAGAUUGUUAUAUAAAAAGUUGGAUUCUAAUCUAAUUGAAAACAUCUAAUUAAAUGAAACCGAAAUGUUAUUUCAAAUUUUAAAAUUAAUUUAAACUCAUCUGAUAAAAGAGCAUGAUACUAAUAAUUUUUAUUAUAAACUUAAAAUAUUACUAAAUCAAAAUAUUGAAUUGGCUAAAGCAAUAUUUGAAGUAUUGACAUAAAGAAAAAUCAAUAAAUAUAUUAAUAAUAAAUUAUUACCUUAUGACAUCUAAGUAAUUAAGGAUUUAUUCAAAAAAUAAAGAUUAAAUCUCUUAACUAAUAAUUUUAGUUCAUUUUUAGAUAAGAAUUACUUACUACCUUGUUAAAAGAAAAAUUGCUAAUUUCCUAAAUUGAAAUUGUAGACUCAAUAUCAAGAAUAAUAUAUUUGCCUUAUAUGUCUCAAAAAAAUGUGUCCAAAAUUUUGUGGAAAAUUUAGUCAAGUAAUUAUAUAUUAAUUUAAAUUUAAGGGCGAUCUCGGAAAUUUAUAAAGACACUCUCAGAAAAAACAUUUAAGGAAAUGUGUGUUUCUAGAUGUUGAAAAAAGCUAAGUUUUAUUAAUAUAUUCUACUUCUUAUUUUUUUAUAACCAAUACUUUAUUUAUAAAUAAAAAAGGAGAUUCACCUAUCAAAGGCCCGUAUCCAUUAUAACAUUAUCAAAAAUUUUAAAUAAAUAUGAAAGCUUUAGAUCAAAUAUUUGAUAUAAUUAUGGAUGAGAAGUUCUUAAAAAAAUUAGAUGAUGAAAAUUAAGAUAAUGUAAAAACAGAAGUAAUUUGA